CAGAUUUCCAUGUCCGAAAGCCCUAAUCUCAGCGAUGGUUUGCCAAUUGGGCGUGAGGAAAUCUCACCUUAUCCACACUCUCACCACAAUCCCUUAUCCCAAUUCCAUCAACGCAUCGCUCUUUUAUCAGAUUCCUCCAUUAUCCCAUUAACAACAUCUGACCGCCAUUAAUUCUCCAUUCCACAGUUCCAAACGCAGAUUUUGUCUCUAAGUUGCAGAGAGCCAUGGCGACCAUGAAUUCCAGUGUUCUGGCCUGCAACUACGCCAUUUCCGGAGCUGGAUCGGCCGAGCUCAACUCGAAACUCAGCGCCGCGCCCUGCGUCGCAUCGCCUGGGGUUGCUGGUUACAAGUUGCCUGCUAUUAGGGCUCAACAGGCUAGGGUUCCUGAAGCCAAGAAUGAUGGAAGGAGAACUGCGCUUCUUUACCUCGGAGCCACUCUCUUUGCUGCGGCUGCGGCUGCCUCCAACUCCAAUGCUAAUGCAGGAGUCAUUGAAGAGUAUCUUGAAAAGAGUAAAGCUAACAAGGAACUGAAUGACAAGAAAAGAUUGGCAACUAGUGGAGCAAAUUUUGCAAGGGCAUACACUGUUGAGUUUGGAACAUGCAAGUUCCCAGAGAACUUCACAGGGUGCCAAGAUCUUGCAAAACAAAAGUUCCAUUUAUCUCUGAUGAUUUGGCUUUGGAGUGUGAGGGGAAGGACAAGUUCAAGUGUGGUUCCAAUGUGUUCUGGAAAUGGUGAAGAGAAGACAACAAUUUGAAGUCUUUGUAUCCCUCACCAUUGCUCACUCUUCCUUUGUAUCUAAUUUUCAACUUAAAAAAAAAAAGUUUGAAAUUUUAUUGUCUCUUUGGGACUUAAUAUUCCAAUUCCAUUGCUUUC